GGCGUGCGAACUCCACUUCCCAGUGGCCUUUGCGAGGAGCCCGGAUUGCAUCUUCUGUGGUUGCAUUGUGGGAGGACCGGCGGCGUGGAGUGGAAGAGAAGAGCGAGCAAGUGAGCGAGCAGCUGUCGGCAGACGGAGUGUCAAGGCGCGAUGACGGAGCGGAAGGGAACGGCUAAAGUAGACUUCUUGAAGAAGAUUGAAAAGGAAAUCCAACAGAAAUGGAAGGAUGAGGGAGCAUUUGAGGUUAAUGCCUCAGAUGCCGCAAGCCAAAAAAGCAAUGGAAAAUACUUUGCCACCUUUCCGUACCCAUACAUGAAUGGCCGGCUUCAUCUAGGACACACAUUUUCUUUAUCUAAGUGUGAGUUUGCAGUUGGAUUCCAGAAGCUAAAAGGAAAAGCUUGCCUCUUCCCUUUUGGGUUGCAUUGUACUGGGAUGCCCAUUAAGGCAUGUGCAGAUAAACUGAAAAGAGAAAUGGAGCUGUAUGGCUGCCCACCAGAAUUCCCUGAUGAAGAAGAGGAGGAGGAGGAGGACUCCAAGGAGGAAGAAGUUGUCAUCAAAGACAAGGCUAAAGGCAAAAAGAGUAAGGCUGCUGCCAAAACUGGCUCUUCAAAAUACCAGUGGGGAAUCAUGAAAUCUUUAGGUCUUUCUGAUGAAGAGAUAGUGAAGUUCUCCGAAGCUGAGCAUUGGCUUGAUUAUUUCCCGCCUUUAGCCAUUCAAGAUUUAAAGAGCAUGGGGCUCAAGAUUGAUUGGAGGCGCUCUUUUGUUACCACUGAUGUCAACCCUUAUUAUGAUUCCUUUGUACGAUGGCAGUUUCUCACCCUGAGAGAAAGAAAUAAAAUAAAAUUUGGAAAACGGGCAUAUAAAUACAUUUACUGUAUCUUUGGAAUUUGGGAUGCCCAGGGUGUAGGACCUCAAGAAUAUACCCUGAUCAAAAUGAAGGUGGUAGAACCUUACCCUGUGAAGUUAAGUGGCCUUAAGGGAAAGAAUAUUUUUUUGGUAGCUGCAACUCUCAGACCAGAGACCAUGUUUGGGCAAACUAAUUGUUGGGUUCGCCCUGACAUGAAGUAUAUUGGUUUUGAGACCCUGAAUGGGGAUAUUUUUAUUUGCACGCAGAGAGCUGCCAGGAAUAUGUCCUAUCAAGGCUUUACAAAGAUAAAUGGAGUAGUGCCUGUUGUGAAGGAACUGAUGGGAGAGGACAUUCUUGGGGCUCCACUUUCUGCUCCUCUAACAUCCUACAAAGUCAUCUAUACCCUUCCUAUGUUGACUAUUAAGGAAGACAAAGGCACCGGUGUGGUUACAAGUGUCCCAUCUGAUUCUCCAGAUGACAUUGCAGCCCUGAGAGACUUAAAAAAGAAACAGCCCUUCCGAGCAAAGUAUGGCAUUAAAGAUGACAUGGUCCUCCCAUUUGAACCAGUGCCUGUCAUUGAGAUCCCUGGCUAUGGCCAACUUUCUGCUCCAAUGAUCUGUGAUGAGCUGAAAAUCCAGAGUCAAAAUGACAGAGAGAAACUAGUCGAAGCCAAGGAAAGACUAUACCUAAAAGGAUUUUAUGAGGGUAUAAUGCUUGUGGCUGAAUUCAAGGGCCAGAAGAUUCAAGAUGUAAAGAAGAUUAUUCAGAAGAAGAUGGUAGAUAAUGUGUGUAGUGGUUUGUACUGCUUUUUAAAAAUA